CAGAGCGGGUGGGGGGGCGGCAUGUGGCCCACGUCCCCUGGUGCACACACACGAAUACAAAGAGCCGCCCGCGACCUUCCUCCCCUGCAGCGCUCACCCCCGCCCAGGGGAGCCAUGGGCUCUGGGAGCCGCCCCCGGGUGCGCCCAUGCCCUGGAUGCCCGCACUGGGGGUGCUGAGCGGGAAGCUCCCACAAACCCUUGGGCUCGCCAUGUCCUUCAGCGCCACCAUCCUCUUCUCACCCCCCGGUGCCCAGGAGGCCACGGCCUGCUGCUGUGCCUGCAAGCGGGAGCCGGGGGCAGAGGGGGGGGGUGGUACACCCCCAGCCCCCUGUGCCCCCAUCAGUGUCUCGGGCCACGGGCUGGCAGUGCAGAGCUCCGAGCAGCUGCUGCACGUCAUUUACCAGCGCCUGGACAAGGCCGUGGGGCUGGCCGAGGCCGCCCUGGCCCUGGCAAAGGCCAACAACCAGGCCCUGCGGCGGCUGGAGGAGGAGGUGGGGGGGCUGCGGAGGGGGGCGCCCCCGACCGUCAAGGCCAGCCCCUGCCCGACGGUGGCCGAGGAGCCCGAGGAGGAGGUGGAGGCUGAAGGCUUGGGGAGCAGCGUCCAAGGGGUGAUCGAGGAGCUGAGGCAGCUAGGGGCAGCAACAGAACCUCCCGGACGCCUGGGUUUCUCACCUGUGCAGCCUGGAGACUCGGGACUGGGUGGGGUGCUGGAGGAGCAGCCCCCCCUGGAGGACCCUCUUCAGCGAGUGGUGGUCCCGGCUUUCCCCACCACCCCCUCCCCUUCCCCCCAGCCCGUGGGGGAACCCUCGCCCUCGGGUUCCGAGGAGCCACCCCCCUGCACGGCCCUGGAGAAUGGCAGCCCAGGGGAGCCCCGGUUCUCCCUGGGGUUCACCAGUGGCCCCUGCCGCAGCCGGGGCAGUGGGCCCAAGAACUCCCGGCGCAAGAGGGACCUGGUGCUGUCGAAACUCGUCCACAACGUGCACAACAACAUCACCAACCAGAGGAGAUUCAAUGGCUCUGAAAGCAUCAAGUCUUCCUGGAACAUUGGGGUGGUGAAAUUCCUGUUGGAGAAACUGAGGCACGAACUGGUGACGAGUCAGCAUAACUACACUGACAAGGAGCUAAAGGGUGCCUGCGUGGCGUACUUCCUGACCAAGCGCCGUGAGUAUCGCAACUCCCUGAACCCCUUCAAGGGGCUGAAGGAAAAGGAGGAGAAGAAACUGCGGAGCCGGCGCUACCGGCUCUUUGCCAACCGGGCGGGCGUGGCACGGCUGCUGGGCCCUGAGGAGCAGCGGCUGUGGCGGGGCGUGACGGAGGAGCUCAUGUCGGACGAGGAGGACAGCCCGAGUGAACCGGGGGUGUGGGUGGCCCGGCCCCCCCGCUUCCGUGCCACCCCCCUCACCCAGCUCUGCUACCGCCUGGACAUCAACGCCAAGCACGGCGCCAAGGCCAACCGGGUCUAUGGGCCGCCCUCUGAGCGCCUGCCCUCGGCUGAAGCCCAGCUCCUGCCCCCCCACCUCUACGACCCCCACUUCCAGGACCGCGAAGAGGGGGAGGGCUCCGGCCUUGCCCCUUUCCCCCCACCCCACAAGGACUUCUGCCCUGACCUCCGCCCCUUCCUUGAGAUCAAGGUGGAGAAGGACGAGUGAGCCAGGACAGGCGCCCCACACCCAAGAUGGCCGCCACGGGGGGCCGGCGACCCUCCCGACGUGGGCUCAAUGUGGAGCAUGUUGAGGGACCAUAGAUGGCUGCUGGAGGACUCUGGGGGAAUGGGGACAGGAAAUGGGGCAUCAAGGUAGAGAGAGAUGAGCAAGCCAAGAUGGCUGCUACGCAUCCAAGAUGGCUGCCCCACAUUCAGCAUGGUUGCCUCCCAACAAGAUACCACCGGUGGGCUGUGAGGGGGAGGAGCUGCGACGUCCCCCCCCACCUCAGUGCUGUCAAGGACCCCAUGGGGAGGAUAAGCGAGCCAAAAUGGCCACUGCUGACUGGGGGGGCACAGGUUUGGAGUGCUCCUCCCCACCCAUCCCCUUCACUAACCUCAAGGUGGAGACGGAUGAGAACUUGGGGGACAAAAUGGGGGAGCCAAGAUGGCCGCCCCACAUCCAAGAUGGCCACUAUGGGGAAAGGGAACAGGCCCUCCCCAGCCCCACUGGGCCUGAUCUCAUGGUGGAAGAGGACAAAAGACUGGGGGGGGCCCGGAAAUGGGGAUUUGCCCCCAGGUACUUGGCGGGCAGGAGGCCGAGGGGGCACAGUGACAAGGGGGGAGUCCCCUGAAAUAUGAGGCCUUUUCACUCUCA